AUGAUUGUUGAUAGGGCUGACAACUGCAGAUACAGAAUAAGUUGUGUUGUUGAAGCUUGUAAUUGGAGAAUACAUGAUGCAGUGUUAAGUGAUAAUGUGAGUUGGGCUAUAAACAUACAACUUAUGGAAGCUAUGUAUGGAAAGGUUUAUCCUGAAUGUGAAGCUUGUAAUUGGAGAAUACAUGAUGCAGUGUUAAGUGAUAAUGUGAGUUGGGCUACAAGCAUACCACUUAUGGAAGUUGAAUCAUUGCAGAAGCUAUGUAUGGAAAGGUUUAGACUAAAUGUGAAGCAGAGACUUUUUUAUAAGGUUAAAGUUGUGGCAAGAGAACGAAUUCAUGGUGGCUUUGCUGAGUCAUAUGCAUUGCUGCCAAGAUUUGCUGAGAUGAUUAAGUCCACUAAUCCAAGGUCUUAUGCACUGAUUACAUGUUCUGGAGAUAGUGGCACCCAAGAGCAUCAAUUCAAAGCAUGUCUUUUCUCUUUAGAUGCUACUAUGAAGGGGUUUUUAGGUGGUUGUAGGCCAAUAAUUGGGAUAGAUGGUGCACACUUGAGUGGCUACUACAAAGGGAUCAUGUUAAAUGAUGUUGGUUUUGAUGGAAAUAAUAAAUUUUUUGUCAUUGCUUAUGCUAUAGGUGUUAAAUCUGCACUAUAUGAAGUUUUCCUCGAAGCAACAAGAAGGGUUUGCUGCCAACAUCUCUAUUCUAAUUGCAAAAAUGCAAGGUGGAGUAAUGCAAUGUUUCAUAAUUUAUUUUGGAUUGCUGCAAAUGCAUACAAUGAGUAUGUUUUUAAGAAAGCUAUGUCCAAAAUUAAAGAGUAUGAUGUAGCUUUUAAGCAAUAUCUAAGGAAUGUGGAGGAGCAGUGGUUAAGGAAAGGCUUUGACAGCAAUGUUUGUUGUGAUCACAACACAACAAAUCUUGUUGAUUCAUUUAAUUCCUACACAAAACCCCAUAGAGAUAUGCUUGUCCUGGCAUUAUUAAUAGCUGUGAAAAAUUGGAUCAUGAAAAGGGUGGGAGCAAGAUUUGACAAGGCCAUUGACAUGGAUCCAAAUAUAUUGACAGAGCAUGCACAACAGAUUUUGCAAACUAGGAGUAGUGACUAUAGAUUUUUCCAUGUCACUUCGUAUGGGGGUGGUGAGUUUGAGGUUAGAGAUGGACAUGUUAAAUUUCCUAUCAGACUUACAACCAUGACUUGUGGUUGUGGAAAAUGA